AUGGAGGCAAUGCGACGCAAGCUCAUCGAGGAGCAGUUGGCCGCGCUGGCGCAGUCACGGCGCGACCGAGACCAGGCUUCCCAGUCGAGCUCGACUCAGGCUGCUUCGACUUCAUCUGCACCACACUCGAAUCCUGCCAUCACGUCUCUACCGCAUCGCAACAAGCACGCUCCACCACCUAAAGUCAAACUCUAUCAGCCUCCUCUCGUGCCCUUCGUCCCACCAAACAUGGCUCAGUCGACUGGCACAGGCUCAGGCUCCCGCACAGAUCCAAUCGUCUUUGGAGAAGCGUCACCUAUCGGCGCAUCACGUCAACAAGGCUUUGUUCAGCCUUCCAAACCCACUCAGCCCGCUUCGAGCUCAAAUAUAUACCCGCCUCCCACUCUUCCACGCCCACCUUCCGCUUCCACAUCGAGCUACGCAGCUUCACAGCCUUUCCGCUCUCCCAACGCCAAGUCCUCGCAAGUGCCUUUCAUCUCCCCCAAAAACACGCCGCCACCGCCCCUCAGAAAUAACAAUCCCUUCUACCAAUCCCCUCUGGCGCAGCGCACGUCACCGUCCAAGUCCAGAUAUAGGGACACGCAAUCACUCUACAUGAGCGACGACUACCAGCCCGUACCGACUCUUUUCGGCCAGCAGCCCUUCUCCCAGCCCGAAGAUGCAGCAAUCGGUCCCUCGAUCGAUGUGGCCACACGCGAGAAGCAGAUGAAGGAUCUUUUCUCCAACAUGGUCAACAUCACCGAAGUCUCGGACGAUGCCCAGACCAGCAACCAAAUCCCAGGUCUCAAGUGCACGCUUCUACCGCAUCAAGUUCAGGGAGUGACGUGGAUGCGCGAGCGCGAGAAAGGCACCGCCAAAGGUGGCAUCCUUGCCGACGACAUGGGGCUCGGAAAGACGGUCCAAACGCUCGCCCUCAUCGUCUCGAAUCGACCGGGUCACGACAUGUCAACCAUCGAUCUCGACGUACCAUCAGAGGCCGAGGCCAGCAAGCGCGGCAAGAAGAAGGCUAACGCACAGCAGAACGGCGCUGAUCCGACGAACUCAAAGGCACCCGAAGAGCUGCCUCGUCGCAGAAUGGCCUCCAAGACGACCCUCAUCGUUGCUCCGUUGGCCGUCAUCAAACAGUGGGAGCGCGAGGUCAGCGACAAGACCGAUGCUGGUCUCAAAGUCUAUCUAUACCACGGUCCGUCCCGCGCCAAGAAGGCGUCGCACUUCAAUAAGUUCGACAUCGUCAUCACCACCUACACUACGAUUGCGAGCGAAUACGGCAACUUUCUCUCGAAGCUCGAAGCGGAUGCCAAGGGAACCCACCCUGUCACGGCGACUUCGAAGUCCAAGAGCAAGAGCAAGGGUAAGUCCAAGACAGCCGCCUCAAGUUCUCGCUCCAACCAUCGUUCUACGCAAGCAGACUCGGAUGCCGAUUCCGUGUCAGACUCGGCCGCCGUCGAGAUCGAUUCGCAAGAUUCUGACGACUCCUUCGCAGGCCCGAGUCCAUCUGCGAAAGCUAUCAAGAAGGUCAUGCCGACGCCACUCUUCGAAUCCGUCUGGCUUCGCAUCGUACUCGACGAAGCACAAAACAUCAAGAAUCACAAGGCAAAGUGCUCACGCGGCUGCUUCCUCCUCGCCUCCAGCGCAGUCUCGCGCUGGUGCCUCACCGGCACACCUCUGCAAAACGAUGCCUACGAAAUGUACUCGCUCAUCCACUUUUUGCGCGUACCGCCCUUCGACGAGUUCCAGCAUUUCAAGGAGAAGAUCGGCGAGCCGCUCAAGUCGCUCAACCAGAACCGAGUCAACUGGGGCAUGAAGCGUCUCUGCUUCGUGCUGCAGACCAUCAUGCUGCGACGCACCAAGGAGGCCAAGCUCGACAACGGCGAUCGCAUCAUCAAUCUGCCCGAGCGCAACCUCGAGUUGCUGGAGCUCGAGUUCGAGAGUCCUCAGGAGAAGGACUUCUACGUCAACUUGCAGGAGCGCAUCAGGCAAGCCUUCGAAAAGGAAGAGGAGAAGCAGAGAGCGACGGGCAAGAAGGGCAACAUGAUCGCUUCGCUCGUCCUUCUGCUCCGGCUGCGUCAGGCCUGCAGCCAUCCAUCGAUGGUCACGGGCAGUCUUGGCACAGACGCCGCUGCGAUUGGAUCGGCCGCCACUGCUUCGGAGUCCGCUCCGUCCUCGCAGCGAAGUGCAGCGAACUCCAGGGCUGCAGACGAUGAUGACGACGACGAUGGCUUGGCUGCGAUGCUGUCCGGUCUCAGUGUAAGGACACGAUGCUGCGAUCAGUGCAACGUCGAGUUUCCUGCAAAUGAGCUGAUGCCUGCCGAAGACGACUACAAUCAGGCAGACGACCUCAUGGCAGCAGUCAAUCCAAAUCUCGCCCAACGUCAUCUCUGCGGUGAAUGCAUCGCCCUGGUCAACAACACUCCGCAGGACCUCUUUUCCUCCGCCUUUGGCUCCACCAAGAUCCGCAAGAUGCUCUCCCUCCUGUCCGCCAUCCGCAUUGCCGACAAGACCGAAAAGACGAUCGUCUUCUCACAAUUUACCUCUUUCCUCAACAUUGUCGAGCCGCACCUCGAUCGUCAUGAGUUCCGCUACGUGCGCUACGACGGCUCGAUGAAGCCGCAAGAACGCGAAAUGGCGCUCGAAAGGAUUCGCAAAGACCCCGCGAUCACGGUCAUCCUCAUCUCGUUCAAGGCCGGCAGCACGGGUCUCAACCUGACCAGCUGCAGCAAGGUCAUCUUGAUGGACCUUUGGUGGAAUCCGCAGAUCGAGGAGCAGGCCUUCGAUCGUGCUCACCGUCUCGGUCAGACGAGGGAUGUGACCAUCUACAAGCUCAGCAUCAAGGACACGGUCGAAGAGAGGAUCUUGGAGUUGCAAAAGAAGAAGAGAGAGUUGGCAAAGGCGGCCCUGGAGGGAGGCAAGCUUGUCAAGGGCAACCGCCUCGAUUUCAAGGAGAUCUGGUUCCUGUUCAACGGUACCGAUCACUAG